AGGGAGAACCUCAGGCAGUACUGACCAAUAAUGAGCGUAUAUCGUUGGGAAGGCGGGCCCCAGACCGCUCGAUUGACGGAAAAAUAGCCAAUCAAACAAGGGUAUUUCGUGGCCUCGUUCUGAAAGCCCAAUCCCGUGCUGGCAAGGGCGGGUCGUACGACGUAUAUAAAUGUUGGCAGAGCGUCGGUUGUAGCACUCUGUGCGCCUGCUCCUCCCUAAGUGUUCCUACUAUACAGCCGGUCCGCAGUCGCCGCCGCCAUGAGGGAGAUCGUGCACCUGCAGGCUGGGCAGUGCGGCAACCAGAUUGGCGCCAAGUUCUGGGAGGUGAUCAGCGACGAGCAUGGCAUCGAUCCCACUGGCACUUACCACGGAGAUAGCGACCUCCAACUGGAGCGCAUCAAUGUGUACUACAACGAGGCCACCGGUGGCAAGUAUGUGCCCCGCGCCGUGCUCGUGGACUUGGAGCCCGGCACCAUGGACUCGGUGCGUUCAGGGCCCUUCGGGCAGAUCUUCAGACCUGAUAACUUCGUCUUUGGUCAGAGUGGGGCUGGGAACAACUGGGCCAAGGGGCACUACACAGAAGGUGCAGAGCUGGUUGACUCGGUGUUGGACGUUGUGAGGAAGGAAGCCGAGAGCUGUGACUGCCUGCAGGGCUUCCAGCUGACCCACUCCCUGGGUGGGGGGACUGGGUCUGGGAUGGGUACCCUCCUUAUCAGCAAGAUCCGAGAGGAGUACCCAGACAGAAUCAUGAACACCUUCAGUGUGGUACCUUCCCCCAAGGUGUCAGACACAGUGGUUGAGCCCUACAAUGCCACCCUUUCAGUCCACCAGCUGGUUGAAAACACAGAUGAGACCUAUUGUAUUGAUAAUGAAGCACUCUAUGAUAUCUGCUUCAGAACCCUAAAGCUGACCACACCCACUUAUGGUGACCUGAACCAUCUAGUGUCUGCCACCAUGAGUGGGGUAACCACUUGCCUGCGGUUCCCUGGCCAGCUAAAUGCUGACUUGCGGAAACUGGCUGUAAAUAUGGUGCCCUUCCCUCGCCUGCACUUCUUCAUGCCUGGCUUUGCCCCCUUGACCAGCCGGGGAAGCCAGCAGUACCGUGCCCUGACAGUUCCUGAGCUCACCCAGCAGAUGUUUGAUGCCAAGAACAUGAUGGCUGCCUGUGAUCCCCGCCAUGGCCGCUACUUGACUGUGGCUGCUGUGUUCAGGGGCCGCAUGUCUAUGAAGGAGGUGGACGAACAGAUGCUUAACGUCCAAAACAAGAACAGCAGCUACUUUGUUGAGUGGAUCCCCAACAAUGUGAAAACAGCUGUCUGUGACAUUCCACCCCGGGGCCUAAAAAUGUCCGCCACCUUCAUCGGCAACAGCACUGCUAUUCAGGAGCUGUUCAAACGCAUCUCAGAGCAGUUCACAGCCAUGUUCCGACGCAAGGCCUUCCUACACUGGUACACGGGUGAGGGCAUGGAUGAGAUGGAGUUCACCGAAGCUGAAAGCAACAUGAAUGACCUGGUGUCCGAGUACCAACAGUACCAGGAUGCUACAGCUGAGGAAGAGGGAGAGUUUGAGGAGGAGGCUGAGGAGGAGGUGGCUUAGAGCUGUCUUAGUCGCUAGAGCAUGGGAGCAGUGUGAACUCUUUAUUCAUUCACAGCCUGUCUGCUAGCCAUGUCCACUGUGCAUUUGCUGUCCUGUGUCCUGACAUCACUUGUACAGAUACCACCAUUAAAGCAAUUCAUAGUGUGUG